AUGGACGCAAAAGGUAACAAUUCAAGCUCAGUCGUAUUUAUCUCCAAUGCGUGCCAAAACUGCGGGCAGCGGAAUCAUAAAAUUGCCGAAUGCCAAUUACCAUGGCAGUCGGAUAUGUGCCCAGUAUAUUAUCAAGAUCAAGUGACAACGGCAACGUGCUUCCGUCCGCACGACAAGAAUUACAAAGAUUACAAUCGGGGACGUUGUCAAGGCUGUGGAAGUGCUCCCCACAACCUGCCCUUCUCGGAUGAGGGCAACCCACUAGCUGGGCGGAGUACCGAGAUUCCGAACGAUGACGACCUUGGCGAACAACGGACUGCAUUUAGGUGGACGGAGGAAUUACGAGCCGAUCUCUUGAUGUGCUAUAAUAACAGUGAACCGGAGCGGAGAGGCUACAUGGCGAAGAUGAAAGCUCUCUGGAGCAAUAUGCAUCCUAACUACAGCCAUCUGUCACAACAACAUCUCCGAGACUAUGCCUCUCAUCUCCGGCGAACACGGAGAUCACUGUUAAUGAACAGACGAUUAUCUCAUCGUCUGUCUUUUCCAGCACAGUUACAUCAAGAGAGACGCCGUUCUUCUGAAGACGCUGACAAUGAUUUUGAAAGACGACAAAAUAAUAAUAAUAUUAAUAAUAAUAAUAAUAAUAAUAAUAAUAAUAUUAAUAAUAAUAAUAAUAAUAAUAAUAAUAAUAAUAAUAAUAAUAAUAAUAAUAAUAAUAAUAAUAAUAAUAAUAAUAAUAAUAAUAAUAAUAAUAAUAAUAAUAAUAAUAAUAAUAAUAAUAAUAAUAAUAAUAAUAAUAAUAAUAAUAAUAAUAAUAAUAAUAAUAAUAAUAAUAAUAAUAAUAAUAAUAAUAAUAAUAAUAAUAAUAAUAAUAAUAAUAAUAAUAAUAAUAAUAAUAAUAAUAAUAAUAAUAAUAAUAAUAAUAAUAAUAAUAAUAAUAAUAAUAAUAAUAAUAAUAAUAAUAAUAAUAAUAAUAAUAAUAAUAAUAAUAAUAAUAAUAAUAAUAAUAAUAAUAAUAAUAAUAAUAAUAAUAAUAAUAAUAAUAAUAAUAAUAAUAAUAAUAAUAAUAAUAAUAAUAAUAAUAAUAAUAAUAAUAAUAAUAAUAAUAAUAAUAAUAAUAAUAAUAAUAAUAAUAAUAAUAAUAAUAAUAAUAAUAAUAAUAAUAAUAAUAAUAAUAAUAAUAAUAAUAAUAAUAAUAAUAAUAAUAAUAAUAAUAAUAAUAAUAAUAAUAAUAAUAAUAAUAAUAAUAAUAAUAAUAAUAAUAAUAAUAAUAAUAAUAAUAAUAAUAAUAAUAAUAAUAAUAAUAAUAAUAAUAAUAAUAAUAAUAAUAAUAAUAAUAAUAAUAAUAAUAAUAAUAAUAAUAAUAAUAAUAAUAAUAAUAAUAAUAAUAAUAAUAAUAAUAAUAAUAAUAAUAAUAAUAAUAAUAAUAAUAAUAAUAAUAAUAAUAAUAAUAAUAAUAAUAAUAAUAAUAAUAAUAAUAAUAAUAAUAAUAAUAAUAAUAAUAAUAAUAAUAAUAAUAAUAAUAAUAAUAAUAAUAAUAAUAAUAAUAAUAAUAAUAAUAAUAAUAAUAAUAAUAAUAAUAAUAAUAAUAAUAAUAAUAAUAAUAAUAAUAAUAAUAAUAAUAAUAAUAAUAAUAAUAAUAAUAAUAAUAAUAAUAAUAAUAAUAAUAAUAAUAAUAAUAAUAAUAAUAAUAAUAAUAAUAAUAAUAAUAAUAAUAAUAAUAAUAAUAAUAAUAAUAAUAAUAAUAAUAAUAAUAAUAAUAAUAAUAAUAAUAAUAAUAAUAAUAAUAAUAAUAAUAAUAAUAAUAAUAAUAAUAAUAAUAAUAAUAAUAAUAAUAAUAAUAAUAAUAAUAAUAAUAAUAAUAAUAAUAAUAAUAAUAAUAAUAAUAAUAAUAAUAAUAAUAAUAAUAAUAAUAAUAAUAAUAAUAAUAAUAAUAAUAAUAAUAAUAAUAAUAAUAAUAAUAAUAAUAAUAAUAAUAAUAAUAAUAAUAAUAAUAAUAAUAAUAAUAAUAAUAAUAAUAAUAAUAAUAAUAAUAAUAAUAAUAAUAAUAAUAAUAAUAAUAAUAAUAAUAAUAAUAAUAAUAAUAAUAAUAAUAAUAAUAAUAAUAAUAAUAAUAAUAAUAAUAAUAAUAAUAAUAAUAAUAAUAAUAAUAAUAAUAAUAAUAAUAAUAAUAAUAAUAAUAAUAAUAAUAAUAAUAAUAAUAAUAAUAAUAAUAAUAAUAAUAAUAAUAAUAAUAAUAAUAAUAAUAAUAAUAAUAAUAAUAAUAAUUAA